AGUGUCAUUUUUUUAUAUUUAUUACAGAAAAUACUCAUUUCAAAUAGUAUUUUUAUAGAUAUAUAUAUUUAAAUAAAUAUAACUAUUAUUAUUACUUUCAUUUUCAACUAUUUUUCUUAGCAUUGUUUGAAAGUAUCAUCGAUAGGCCUGCAGUUUCAGUUAAACUUUGUAUCUGUUGUUUUAACGAGAGAUCGUACAAUUGGAAUCGAUUUAUUGAUCAGGAGCGCAUCAAGAGAGCGUGAAAUUUCCUGUUGACUAUUCGGUCGGCAUGGUUACCAUGUCUAGCGCAACCCACGUGAGUCACGUUUUGUUUCAUUCGCACAUCACAUCAGCAGGAACUUUUAUGUUCUUCGCUGGAUUUUGCUCCAGAUCCUCCGAUGAUCUUUGUCUCACGAACCAUGGCGAAUAAGAAUGAGAUGAAUAUUUGUGAAUGCCGGUACACUUUUGAAGAUGCACGAGAAAUAAAAGGCAGUUUUAAUGAUCACCUUAAUAUUCAUGAAAUUGACGAGGAAGAUAGUGAAACCGAGGAAACGGCAAUCUUAGAGCGGCCGAGCCUUUUCGCUUCGGACGAGGAAGGCGAUAAGACUGCGCGGAAAGAGAUUAAAGGAACGUUGAACGAUGAGUCUGUGUACAUAGAGGAGUCUUUCUGCUCCGACGAAUCUUGCGACGAGUCUAAAGUUACCAACGUCACGUCGAGAUCGUUCAAUUCCUCCUCUCUCCAUGUCGUUGAUCUUCAAUUUAGUCAAAGUCCGGAGGAACAGGACACUGGAAUGAGCAGGUGGAACGACGAAGAUGAAUUUCACUCAUUCGAUGAUGAACCAUCACGUGCUGCCAUGGCGGAUAGGAACAAUAGGUUCGCUAGAUCUAAGAAGUACAGACGAUGGAACAUGAGCUUCACCGAUGAGGAGAUGCGUAAGAUCGAGCGAGAGAACGAGCUGCUGCUGAGAAAAAUUAUGGCGCAGCAGAAACCGCGGCAAAAGAUCCUCGGUGAGAGUGCCAUUCAAUCCAGAAUCAGCAGCUCCGCGAUAAACAGAAAGAAGUUGCAAAAGAAGAUAGAAAAUGAUAAUGUGCUGCUCCUUAAAAGGAUACAACAGGCAAAGUCGAGUGUUUUUACGAAUACAUCGAAAAUGGGUUGUAGAUUGACUUUCUUAUAGUUUUUAUAACAUUUAAAAGGAUUUUAUAUUACUUUGUUAGAAAGAGUCAAUCACAUUAGUCGAUUGAAAUUUAAUAAAUUGACAUUAUUUGUAGGGAAGGAAUGGAGAAUAAAUCAUGGAAUUAUAUACUUUAGUUUUUUUAAAUAUACAUAAAUAUAAUAUGUAUGUAAAUUGCAGCGGGCUUUAACUUCGAUAAACUGUUAAAAAACCAGUAAAAAUAACGAACUAGAAUAGGGGGCUAGUUAUUUUUUGUAGUUUUUUUGGACACUGAAUAUGAACCGGUUUUCAAAUUGUUCAUGUUAUAAUUUUGAAAAAUUUGCAAUUAAAGUUGCUAAAAAGAACUAUUAUUACUUGUAUUUUAACUACGAUGUAAUGCGUUAAAGAAGUUUUACUGCAAUUGAAAUUAUGUAUUAAUAUGUUAUUAAAACUUCCAACUCCC